GUUUUCGCCAUUCUCAGCAUGAAACACAAUGCAGGUUUGACUCUAUUCAUGCCUUGUUUUGGAAUUCGCUUUAUAUUAACAUUCCUGGCUAUAUUCUAUUGGGGAGCCGGUCACUCCCAAGUCAUCCACGACAAUGUUGAGCUUCACAAUGGCACCUACGACGCAACUAUUCCCAUUGGCGAGGAACUUGUAGAAAAAUGGGGGUCUAUUUUAACUGCCUGGAACAUAACCCUUUGGUUGUUUUCCUUCAUUUUUCUACCGCCUCUAAACUUACCUCUUACGAUGGUGGAUACUGCCUUUACUGUCUUCAUAGCAAAGGCUAUCCAUUAUCAGAUUGGAUACACGCCCCAGAAUUUGAAAGCCUGCCAUGAUCCUGUAGGUCUGGAAUUGCGACGACCUUCAGGUACGAAUGAGAGCUUUUUUGCUGCUGCUGGAAGGCUGAACGAACCUGUUGCAAGCUCGACUCACAUGUGCGUCGAAUUUGUGAAAGAAUUGCAAAUUGGGAUCGCAUGUUGCUUUUUCUGUGCCCUCCUGUCUUUUCUCGGUUACAUCUCAACCUUCGUUUCUGCUCGACAGAGAGGAGGAACAAUGAGUCCAUCCUUGGUUUGA